AUGCCCAAGGCUGUGAAGCCAAUCGUCGCUGCUCUUCUGCGCGGUGGCUUGGGCCCGAAUAAAGUGCUCGAGCAGUUGCGCAAGACGUACAAGGACCGUCCCAGGUUCAUCGCGAGCCUCCCGAGCCGAGACCAGAUCAAGGCCCACCAGGCCUGGCUCAAAAAGUCGCUUUCCGAGAGCUACCGCGUCAACACCUACGCUGCUUUGCUCGAGUGGGCCGCUACCCGCACGUACAAGGGCAAGUCGGACAUCUUCUACGGUGAAUCGUGGUGA